AACUCCUAUUGAUGCUUUAUCAUACAACAACCCUCAGGAACAGUCUGCUUAGGGCGUCUAUUGGCUCCGGUAUCGAAACUAGCCGGAUAUGGAAUGCCGUACGAAGGGUGUAGAUUCAUCGAACACAAAGUUGGCUGCGCUGAGCCAAAGUCAGAUCGAGGUGGCGCGUCUUGUACGGCGUUCUGGAAGGAAAAUUUGAGUUGCCGACGGUGUUCGGCUCAUGAUGUCCAAAGUACGUAAUGUUUGUGGACGCUUGGUAUCAAAACGACAUAUUGCAAUCGACCUCUGCUCAAGAUAUUGCGUAUCGUGGUGCGUGUACCUACAUUGUCGGAGGGGAUGGAGCAGUUAUUGGUUCCAUGGUGCGCCUCGUGGCCCUAGCGCGAGAGGACCGUUCUUCCAACAACACCACCGCCGCCGCCGAAUCCUCUGUUGCAGCAGCCGCCGCCGCCGCCACCACCACCACCGCAGCCUCUUCUUCCUCUUCUCGACAGCGGCAGGAUCACGCUCAUCAGCCUCUUUCCGACGACAAACAAUCACGACGACAACCAGCCGACGCCUCUGUUGCCGCCACGUCGUCUUCGACCCCCCCGUCGUCCAAGUCUCCAGCUCCACGAACCACGGCUACAAUGCCUCAAUACACCUCGCGCGAUGUCGGCGACCCGUCGCAGAUCAAGAAAAACAAGCAAUCGAUGGCCGAUCUCAAGUUGAGGCGAUUGACCGAACUCAACAACCGUCUGCGCGAGGAUCUUGAAAGGGAACGCAUCCCUGUGAGCAAUGCUUCUAAGAGCAUCAUUGCCUACUGUAACAGCACGAGGGACUACAUGGUUCCAUCGGUUUGGGGCGCCGUUCCCCGCGGCGAAGAUCCUUAUGCACCACAACAAAGCGGCGGAUGCUGUGUGGUGAUGUAGAGCAACGGUUAUCAAGUGUUAGCGAUGUCGGCAUCCGAACAGCCGUGACCCCCUUCGAUCGCAUUGUCAUUUAAUUUUGUUUAUCGCGUGGGAUACCAAACCCCCGAGAGCCAUCGGGAACGCAGCAAAACCUCCUCUUGAAACAGCGAGCCGGCCCCCAUCUCGCACAAUGGGAAAAAGAGGGUGUUUUCAUCAUUAUUACUCGGUCGUGAAAUCGACGGAAUCCAAAAGUCCUAGACCAGCGC